AUAAGCUCCUUUCUCUUCAGUGUAAACGGAAGUGAACAGUGACCAAGAACAAGUCCCACGUUAGUGUUUUUAUUUUUGUUACAUAGACGUUUAUUAACACACUGGAACAAAACAUAUUCAUAUUUUAACUGCAAGCCGUUUAAUUCGUGUUGGAGACAGCACUUGCUUGAUAGAUGUAUUCUAAGUAACGCUAGCUAGCUGCUAACAUUAGCUAACAAUGCCAAUGGAUAACUUUAACGGUAUGGGCUUUCACACUCAAAUAGCCUCCAUUAUGGAGAUGCUAGCGAAUGCAGCCGUUGCAGAGAUAUGUACACUCGUAGACAACGACUAUGCAGUGUUUCGUUUGGAAAUAACUCAAAGCCAGAAAGAAAACAGGGCAUUGCGGAGGAAACUACAGCUACUGGACCUGAAGGUGGCACGGGAACGCGCAGAGAGGACCAUUCGAGAGCGCACCCUCGCAAGUCGAACCAGUAAUGUCAAGAUUCUUGACCGGUACAGAGGAAUGGCAAGAGGUGAAGGACAUCUCACUGGAGGCCACAGGCGCUUUGAGAAGCCAGCAGGACACAAUACAUGGAGAGAUGACCAACCAAUCACUGUUGAUGAGGGGAGUGGAACCUUAACCAAGCACGUGAUAGAGGAUAGGUCUGCAGAUGUAGAGACUGCAGGUCCUGGGGUCAAGCUGGAAAGGUCUGAAGGAGAGGAAGCUCCACUGCACAGUAGAGACAUCCAAACUGGAGUGGCUGGAGCGACCCCUGUAGCCACAGAGGACCCCACCACCGCCCCAGUGCAGCCCAGGACCCGACGCAGCAUGACGGAGGAGGAGGGUCCAGAGGUGCUUUUGGUGAAGGAUGAGGGGUGUGAGGAGGGUCUGGGGAACCAUGAGGGGACCAUGGUCAUGGAGGACAACCAGACUACACCUCCUCCUGAACCCACAGAGGAACCAGCUGAGCAGCACAGGACCACAUACAGUCUCACUGAGUCAGUAGACAUGGAGGAUGGGAAGAUUGAUCUGCUGCUAGUCAAAGAGGAGACAAUAGAAGACGGACCAGAGAGCAUUGAUCUGCUGAGUCAACUAAAGAUGGGGGAGCAAGGUGGUUGGCUGGAGGCUAACAGAGGAGACUGGGUAGCCAUCUUAGAUUCCCCCUACCAGGAAGGUGCAGCCAAGGGGCCUGGGGACAACAUCACUGAGCAGGCGAGGACCAGAGGCGACAUAGUGGAAGUCAGUGGAUGGGACAGCGUCCUCAACUCUGGGCUGGGGAACAACACUGUUAACCACAACCAGAAACAGACAGUCGGACACAAAACAAUGUCCGAACUUAGUCUCCAUGACAACAGACUGGCUGAGACCAGGGCGAGGCGUAGAUUUGGAGGUGUCCCUAUUCGGCUGGCGAGAACAGACACAGACUCGGCUAGCGAUGCUCCAUCCUGCUCCUAUAGUUGUGAUUCAGAGAGACUGAUGGCGCUUCAGGUUAACCCCGUAACAGGUGCUGCCUUCAGCCUGCCUUCUAUAGGAUCUAUCAACUGGAACAUGGACCCUGCGACCACACAGACACUCCCUGGCCUUCGUCCUCCUCACACUCUGCUAAUGUUAAACCAGACCUCAGACAAUGCCAGUGCCUCAACACUAAAUGGCUACACAAGCCCAUUGACAAAUGAGAGUAGUAGAGAUGGAAUCAGUAAAGGUGGCAGCGCCAAGGAGAAGCGCUUCCCGUGUUCGUUCUGUGGGAAAGCCUUCAGUUUCCCCAAACAGGUGGAGAUCCACCAGAGGAUGCACACGGGGGAGAAACCAUUCGGCUGCCAACUGUGCCGGGCCAGUUUCUCCGACUCGUCCAACCUGAAGAGGCACCAGAGGGUCCAUACAGGGGAGAAACCCCACAGCUGCCCCCAGUGUGAGAAGAGGUUCUCCCGCCAGGACCAGCUGAAGAUGCACCUGAAGGUCCACACGGGAGAGAGGCCGUUCGCCUGUACGCACUGUGGGAAGAGGUUCUCAGAGAGGAGCUACCUCAGAAUACACCAGCAGAAAAUGCACAUGGCCCAUGUAUAGAGUAUAGUGACAUGUAAUGUAGUAUUAGUAAGUUUGUUAAUUCUGUUGGUGUUGGAUGUAGAAGGAACUGGAUGUGUUGAACUGAGGAAAGAAUUAGUAGAUGAAAUGGUGAUGAUAGUUGGUGUGAUGGUGUCUGUAAAAAUGCUUCACUGAUGAAAAUGGACAACCUUGUCCUGUUGUUUGAAUUUUGGUGUUUUAUAAUGAGGAAAUGUUUACUUGACAUGAAGCUGUGUGUAAUGUAAUGUUAAACCUUUUCCAAAUUAUUCUAAAAUGAAUUUGAUCAAAGUGAGGGUACCAGAUUUACAGAAAAGGUACCUUACAAAAACCCUUGAUUUCAAUGUUCAACAAAUCAUACAACUCUUUUUAAUGACUCAUUUUAAAGCAGUCUUUUUAAUUACAUUUUUUUAAUCAUCACUUUGUCUAAUAAUUCGCUGUGUUUAUUUUUUUAAUAGAAUGCCAAAAUAUAUUUUUAAUAAUUUAUUUCCCUGAGACUCCACUGAAAUGCUUAGUCUGAUCGUGUGGAGAUUAGGAAUCAAAUUUGAAUAUGAAAUUAUAUAUUUACAUACACAGCCCUGAUUGGCUGAUACGCGGGGUCUAGAUAACUUCCACAGGUGUGUAGGCUACUUUGUCUUGUCAUCAAAACAAAAGUAAUCUUAAUAUCAUUGUUGUACGUUUUCCAAUAGGUCACCAGAAGAUGCAGGACCAGAACAGACUUUUUGCAUGGUGGACCAUCCUGGCCUAUACCCUAUCUGCCGUGUACUGUAGAUAGAGGGGGGAGAACAAGUAUUUGAGACACUGCCGAUUUUGCAGGUUUUCCUACUUACAAAGCAUGUAGAGGUCUGUCAUUUUUAUCAUAGGUACACUUCAACUGUGAGAGACGGAAUCUAAAACAAAAAUCCAGAAAAUCACAUUGUAUGAUUUUUAAGUAAUUAAUUUGCAUUUUAUUGCAUGACAUAAGUAUUUGAUCACCUACCAACCAGUAAGAAUUCCGGCUCUCACACACCUGUUAGUUUUUCUUUAAGAAGCCCUCCUGUUCUCCACUCGUUACCUGUAUUAACUGCACCUGUCUGAACUCGUUACCUGUAUAAAAGACACCUGUCCACACACUCAAUCAAACAGACUCCAACCUCUCCACAAUGGCCAAGACCAUAGAGCUGUGUAAGGACAUCAGGGAUAGAAUUGUAGACCUGUACAAGGCUGGGAUGGGAUGGGAUACAGGACAAUAGGCAAGCAGCUUGGUGAGAAGGCAACAACUGUUGGCGCAAUUAUUAAAAAAAUGGAAGAAGUUCAAGAUGAUGACGAUCAAUCACCCUCGGUCUGGGGCUCCAUGCAAGAUCUCACCUCGUGGGGCAUCAAUGAUCAUGAGGAAGGUGAGGGAUCAGCCCAGAACUACACGGCAGGACCUGGUCAAUGACCUGAAGAGAGCUGGGACCACAGUCUCAAAGAAAACCAUUAGUAACACACUACGCCGUCAUGGAUUAAAAUCCUGCAGCGCACGCAAGGUCCCCCUGCUCAAGCUAGCGCAUGUCCAGGCCCGUCUGAAGUUUGCCAAUGACCAUCUGGAUGAUCCAGAGGAGGAAUGGGAGAAGGUCAUGUGGUCUGAUGAGACAAAAAUAGAGCUUUUUGGUCUACACUCCACUCGCCGUGUUUGGAGGAAGAAGAAGGAUGAGUACAACCCCAAGAACACCAUCCCAAAAAGUCCGUAUUGAAAGUCUGUAUUGCCCAGCGACAGCCCCGAAACCUGAAGGAUCUGGAGAAGGUCUGUAUGGAGGAGUGGGCCAAAAUCCCUGCUGCAGUGUGUGAAAACCUGGUCAAGAACUACAGGAAACGCAUGAUCUCUGUAAUUGCAAACAAAGGUUUCUGUACCAAAUAUUAAGUGCUGCUUUUCUGAUGUAUCAAAUACUUAUGUCAUACAAUAAAAUGCAAAUGAAUUACUUAAAAAUCAUACAAUGUGAUUUUCUGGAUUUUUGUUUUAGAUUCCGUCUCUCACAGUUGAAGUGUACCUAUGAUACACAUUACCGACCUCUACAUGCUUUGUAAGUAGGAAAACCUGCAAAAUCGGCAGUGUAUCAAAUACUUGUUCUCCCCACUGUAUGUGGUAGUGGUGGAGUAGGGGCCUGAGGGCACACAGUGUGUUGUAAAGUCUGAAAUCUGUGAAUGUGUUGUCAUGUUUUUAUUGUAUAAACUGCCUUAAUUUUGAUGAACCCCAGGCAGCAGCUAAUGGGGAUCCAUAAUAAAUGAAACUAUUAUUUACAGGGCAGACUAUAUGGUAUAAUCUUCAGUAUCAUCAAUAAAGCAUAGAAUCAAUCAGAUCAAGCGUUAACUGGCGAUACCUGAUGUUUUUGUGGUGUCGGAGGUAGAACUGCGUUGCAGCUGUCAAAUCGGUGAGCAGCUGCUCUUGUGAUUAUGGUCACGAAGCCACACCCGCCCCCUCGAGUUAGUUCAAAACAAGAAAGUGUAGGCUAUGUAGAAAUAAUUACAUUCAAAUUGAAAAAUCAUUCAACUAAAUAAUGAGGAUCUCUAUCAUCCUAAUCGAGGUGUAGAUUACAUUUUACAUUCCAGUGUUCAAACUUGUAAACAAGGCUGCAUAUUAUUUCUGUUACUGCGACUCCGUGCAGCUAAUGGCAAUGUCCGCUUUAGUCAUAAUGCUAGGAGCCCCUUGUGGAUUUGACAGCUCUAACACAGUUCCACCUCCGACACCACCAAAACAACCGCUAUGUGAAUGUCGACAACAUUUUACGAACUAGACUUUGUGAUGAUACUGGAGAUGAUAACUGAUUUACAUUUUUCGAAUGAAUACACAUUUUGGAAUGUUUUGCUGUUGAAAGUAAAUAAAGAAACCAGACUGCAAUGAAAGAUUGUUGUCAUUCUUCAUAAAUGAUCCUUUCAGUUAUUGACAUAACAUAAUAAACAUAAUAAACAGAUCGUAAACACGGUAAUGAUAGUCCAAAUCAUGGCAUGAAAGUGUCUAUUCAAGUUAUGUGCUCAAGCCAGACGGAUUACCAGGAUGUGUACUCAAAAGCAUGUGCGGACCGACUGGCAAGUGGCUUCACUGACAUUUCCAAUCUCUCCCUGACCGUGUCUGUAAUACCUACAUGUUUCAAACAGACCACCAUAGUCCCUGUGCCCAAGAAAGCCAAGGUAACCUGCCGAAAUGAUUACCGCCCCGUAGCACUCACGUCGGUGAGCCAUGAAGUGCUUUGAAAGGCUGGUCAUGGCUCACAUCAACCAUCAUGCCAGAAACCCGAGACCCACUCCAAUUUGCAUACUGCCCCAACAGAUCCACAGAUGACGCAAUCUCAAUCGCAUUCCACAUUACCCUUUCCCACCUGGACAUAAUGAAUACCUAUGUGAGAAUGCUGUUCACUGACUACAGCUCAGCGUUCAACACCAUAGUGCCCACGAAGCUCAUCACUUAGCUAAGGACCCUGGGACUAAACACCUCCCUCUGCAACUGGAUCUUGGACUUCCUGACAAGCCGCCCCCAGGUGGUAAGGGUAGGCAACAACACAUCUGCCAUGCUAAUCCUCAACACUGGGGUCCCUCAGAGGUGUGUGCUUAGUCCCCUCCUGUACUCACUGUUCACCCACGACUGCGUAGCCAAGCACGACUCCAACACCAUCACUAAGUUUGCUGAUGACACAACACUGGUAGGCCUGAUCGACGACAACGAUGAGACAGCUUAUAGGGAGGAGGUCAGAGACCUGGCAGUGUGGUGCCAGGACAACAACCUCUCCCUCAAUGUGAGCAAGACAAAGGAGCUGAUCGUGGACUAUAGGAAAAGGAGGGCCGAACAGGCCCCCAUUAACAUCGACGGGGCUGUAGUAGAGCGGGUUGAGGGUUUCAAGUUCCUUGGUGAUCACAUCACCAACAAACUAUCAUGGUCCAAACACACCAAGACAGUUGUGAAGAGGGCACGACAACACCUUUUCCCCCUCAGGAAACUGAAAAGAUUUGGCAUGGGUCCCCAGAUCUUCAAAACGUUACACAGCUGCACCAUCGAGAGCAUCCUGACCGGUUGCAUCACCGCCUGGUAUGGCAACUGCUCGGCAUCUGACCGUAAGGCACUACAGAGGGUAGUGCGUACGGCCCAGUACAUCACUGGGGCCAAGCUUCCUGACAUCCAGGACCUAUAUUCUAGGUGGUGUCAGAGGAAGGCCCAAAAAAUUGUCAAAGACUCCAGUCACCCAAGUCAUAGACAGUUCUCUAUGCUACCUCACGGCAAGCGGUACCUGAGCAUCAAGUCUAGGACCAAAAGGCUCAUUAACAGCUUGUACCCCACAAGCCAUAAGACUGCUGGACAAUUAAGCCACUCAGACUAUUUACAUUGACU